GGAGGGGAUGCUGUGGAGACAGCUUUCCCUGCCUGACGCAUAUACAGCUGCACAGCUGUUCCCUUUCCAAGGUCUGUUUGACAGAUCAUAUCUGCUAAAAACCUUGGUGAAAAGCUGCAUAAGAGCCACCACUGGGAAUUUCUCCACUGCUGAUAAUUCUGACUGACCUUUUUGCACACAUCUGUCAAUACUAAUUCUUAGCCCCAAGUCAAUUAAAUUUCCCAAGCCCUCUCUUCUUUUUAGUGAAGCUGUAAAUGCCUUAAGGCAUUUGAAAUCUGCACAGUCAAGUAAAGAAAAUCCUGGGAGAAAGAAGCGCAUCCUGUAGGUGUAUAAAAAGCCUGGGUUUAUUGCGUUGGUGGGUAGGGUUAUUUAUAUGGUAAAUAGAAGCGUCCAUUCUAUGUGAAAAUGUUGACAAUCAGUUCUGUUUUCUCAGUUACAUCAUCUUUUUCCUGUGUGCUACAACCUGCCCAGUGCUCCUUAUGUGGAAAGCUCUGCAAGAGGAAAGCGACAGUUGGCUCCAACUUCGAUAAACGUGUAAAUGUGCGGCUGUGGAAGCACACCGGAGCGUGGAGGGACCGGGAGGGAGCACCUAACAGAACACUGGUGCCAUCUGACGAAGUAGCUAUUAAUUACAGGCAUGGUCUUCCUGUGAUAACUCUUACACUGCCCACAAGAAGUGAACGCUGUCAGUUCACUAUUAAGCCGAUGGUGACCACCGUAGAGGCAUUCCUGCAGGAUGUGCAGAGAGAAGAUAAAGGAGUUGAGAGGGCGGAAGUCUUUGCAACAGAUGGUUGCAAGGUCUGUGGUGCAACCUCGAUGGAGGUCUUAUUGAGGAAUGACUUCACACUUGUUAUCAACAACACAGCAUAUUGUGUGUCACCUCCUGUAAAAGAUAAGCUGAGUAGUGAGCACGCUACUGAAAUGGAAGAUAUCAAAUCCUUGGUUCACAGACUGUAUGUGGCUCUACACUUAGAAGAUCACCAGGUCAGGAAAGAAAGAGAAUUGCUACAGAAACUGGACCAUCUGAAAGAAGAGCUGUUGCCUCUUGAACAGACAAAAGCCAGAAUUGCAGUCAAUGCAAAUGCAAAGACCACCAGGCUUCUAUGGAUUGGCCUAGCUCUGAUGUCAACUCAAGGGGGAGCAUUGGCAUGGCUCACAUGGUGGGUCUAUUCAUGGGACAUUAUGGAGCCAGUCACAUACUUCAUCACUUACGGGAGUGCCAUGGCUUUCUAUGCCUACUUUAUUCUUACUAAACAGGACUACCUUUACUCUGAUGCAAGAGACAGGCAGUUCCUCCACUACUUCUAUCGGAAAUGCAAAAAGCAGCAUUUUAAUGUGGAACGAUACAACAAGCUCAAAGAAGAUAUAGCAGAGGCAGAAGAAUCGCUGAGGCGCCUGCGCCAAACUCUGCAACUGAAGCUCCCAGUCCAGGAAAUCAAGGACAAGGACUGACUUUGGUUUCGUAUAUAUUUCAAUUGCUCUUUCAAAGCUGAUACGAACACUUAGAUGCUCUAUAGAAACUGGAUAUUUUUGACCACUAUAGUUUUGAAAGUUGCAAUAAAUAUGUAUAAAAAUUA